AUGGCAGAAGUUGGGACCAAGUCAGUGUUGCUCGUGUGUCUCGGUAACAUUUGCCAGUCACCCACUGCAGAAGCAGUUUUCAGAAAAUUGGUAACUGAUGAAAAUGUUCCAGAUAAUUGGAGGACAAACAGUGCAGCUACAUCCACCUAUGAAGUGGGGAAGCCCCCUGACUAUCUUGGGCAGAGCUGCAUGAGAAAACAUGGCAUCCCCAUGAAUUACGUUGCACGGCAGAUUACAAGAGAAGACUUUGCCACAUUUGAUUAUAUACUAUGUGUGGAUGAAAGCAAUCUGAGAGAUUUGAAUAGAAGAAGUAAUCAGGUUAAAAACUGCAAAGCUAAAAUUGAGUUACUUGGGAGCUGUGAUCCACAGAAACAACUCAUUAUUGAAGAUCCCUAUUAUGGCAAUGAUUCUGACUUCGAAGUGGUGUACCAGCAAUGCCUCGGGUGUUGCAAGGUCUUCCUGGAGAAGACUCACUAGAUGGUCCUGCCCACCACCAUUGGUCAACUCACUCACCAGAGCCA